AUUUGUUUAUUGGUGUGUCUUCUCUCUGAAUGUUGACUGAUUUAACGCGAGUUUGAGUUGGCGGGAAGUCCCCCUCGUGUUUUGACUGUGUGCACAGCGCCGUCUUCUGGCAGCUUUUAGCCACUGCGUGUCAGGAGCAGAGACGCUGUGUCUCAAAUCUCCCUGAAAGCCUUGUAAAGAAAGGGAAGCUACUCAUACAGGGAUCAUCAACAAGACAAUGAAUGAAGGAGCCGGUGGGCGGCCCAGGGGGCAGCAGAAGUUCUGCAGUCUGGAAGUGAAUGAAGAAAAACACAUGAUGAGAUCCUGUCACGUGUUUUCCACUCGCUUGUUGCCUUCGAGCUAGUGCACAAUCCACAGUUUCCUCAGAAGUCUUUAAGGGGGCAUGGUCAGGAAGUUAACACCGUGCCCAGGAGGACGAUUUGUAGACGGGCAGCGCAGAGGAAAAGUGAAGGUUGUUGACAACUCUGAAAUUGGAGUGUGAUGAUUCAGUCUGGUUCGUGUAGCAUGGACGUUAAAGAAAACCGCAACCUGGACAACCUCUUCUCCAAAGAAGCGCUGGGGGAGGGGCCUCACUUAACCAAUGGAAAUGCUCGGGGAUUGAGCAGGAAACGCCCUCUGGAGGAGGGCAACAAAGGCCACGGGCAUUCCAAAUUCCGGCCCAAGAAGCGCAGGAAACCCCAAGGGCCAGUCUUGCCAAAAAAUGCUCUCAUGCAACUGAACGAAAUCAAGCCAGGACUGCAGUACAAGCUCCUGUCUCAGACGGGGCCGGUACAUGCACCCGUGUUCGUCAUGACCGUUGAGGUUAACGGACAGUUAUUUGAGGGCUCAGGCCCAACGAAGAAGAAAGCCAAACUGAAUGCGGCCGAAAAAGCUCUGCGCUCUUUUGUUCAGUUUCCCAAUGCGUCCGAAGCUCAUCUCGCAAUGGGCCGCACGCUGACCGUUAACGCAGACUUCACUUCAGAUCAAGCAGAUUUCCCAGACAUGCUAUUUAAUGGAUUUGAGACGCCCGCACCGCCUGAUGACACCUUCUACUUGAGUCUUGGCAGCAAUGGGUCUCUCUGCUCUAUAAACGAAUACCCUUUGCCCGUGGCGCUGAAAAACAUCAACCGGUCACGUCCUGCUCUCCCAGUACCCCCUGCAUUCACAAUGCCCCCUACAGGCAGUGGCAAAAACGCUGUGAUGAUCCUAAAUGAGCUUCGGCCUGGACUGAAGUAUGAGUUUGUGGCUGAGAGCGGUGAAAGCCAUGCCAAGAACUUUAUAAUGGCAGUGACUGUAGAUACACAGAUGUUCCAAGGUUCUGGACGGAAUAAAAAGCUGGCGAAAGCGAGGGCAGCCCAAGCCGCUCUGUCAGGCCUUUUUAACAUGCAACUGGACCAGACACCAUCCCGGCAGCCAAUCCCAAGAGAGGGACUUCAGCUACACCUUCCUCAGGUCCUCGCAGAUGCCGUCUCCCAUUUAGUUGUUGAAAAGUUCAGUGAGCUGACGGAUAACUUCACAUCUCCAAACGCACGGCGGAAAGUCCUUGCAGGUGUUGUCAUGACAACCGGUACAGAUGUGAAGGAUGCUCAGGUGAUUUGCGUCACCACAGGAACCAAGUGUAUAAAUGGAGAGUACAUGAGUGAUCGAGGACUGGCCCUUAACGACUGCCAUGCUGAGAUCAUCGCACGUCGCUCCCUCAUCAGAUACCUGUACAGUCAGAUGGAAUACUUCCUCAGCGACAGCACUGAGGAACAUGAGAAAUCCAUAUUCAGAUGGUGUAGUGAACAUGGCUACCGGCUAAAAGACGAUAUUCAGUUCCAUCUGUAUAUCAGCACGUCGCCCUGCGGAGACGCCCGGAUCUUCUCCCCUCAUGAGGCUGGUGCCGAGGACCAGGGCGACCGACAUCCAAACCGCAAGGCUCGCGGACAACUGCGAACCAAGAUUGAAUCUGGAGAAGGCACAAUACCUGUCCGUACGAGUAACACCAUUCAGACCUGGGAUGGAGUGUUGCAGGGAGAACGACUCCUAACCAUGUCGUGUAGUGACAAGAUUGCCAGAUGGAACGUCAUUGGCGUGCAGGGGUCUCUUCUGAGUUAUUUUACAGAACCCAUCUAUUUCUCUAGUUUAAUUUUGGGAAGUCUGUAUCAUGCCGACCAUCUUUCCAGAGCCAUGUACCAGCGUAUCGCCGACAUGGACGAUCUGCCCAAGCCAUUCGCCCUCAACAGACCUCUUCUUAGUGGUAUCAGUAACGCAGAAGCAAGGCAACCUGGGAAAGCUCCCAACUUCAGCGUCAACUGGACAGUCGGAGAUCAGGGGUUGGAGAUCAUUAAUGCCACCACAGGAAAAGAUGAUCUCGGAAGACCGUCUCAGCUUUGUAAACAAGCCCUCUACAGCCGCUGGGUCUGUCUACAUGCCAAGCUCAGUGAGACUCUGCGGAUCCGAGGAUCUCGGCCAGGCUCCUACCACGAGGCAAAACAAGCGGCAGUGGAGUAUCACGCGGCCAAACAGACUCUCUUCAAAGCUUUCUACAAAGCAGGACUUGGAGCAUGGGUUGAAAAACCCAUUGAACAAGACCAGUUUUCCCUUACUUCUUAAGAUAAGCCAAGAGAAAGAGAUUUUUGUACAUUUACAUGGAAUGCAAGGUUUUAAUCUAACCUCCAUAGUUGUUGUUAUUUUUUUUUAGCCUCUCUUAUUACUGAGAGUUGCUUGGUUUCCUUUAUCUGUAAAAAAAACAUGGUGUGUUUACUCAGAAAAAACUAAAUGGCUGAGUUAAAAGUAACCCGGCUGAAAUUUUACCUUUGGGUAUGAACAAGACCUUGCUCUAAUCCAAUCAAUCAAGGUGGCUUGCACAGUUAAUCACAUCGACUAUAAUGCUGCCUUAAUUUUAUCUCAAAAUGAUUUAAAGUUACAUCUAUAAUUGUAUUAGGUAGUGGAUCACUGUUUUUACAUUAAAUGAUUUCACCAAGGAAGUUCCCUGCAGGAAGUUUUCACUCAGGACAGGAGACAAACCGAUCUAUAUUAUGGUUGCUAUAAACCAGCAGCUUGGUUGCACAAAAAUACACAUCAUUGUGAAAAUAACUAUAGAGAUGCGCAAUACAACAUGUAUGUGCUAAUACAGAUU